AUGGGUUUCAGCUGCUUUGGUGCUUUUGGGUCUUGUAAAGAUCGUAGAGGGAUGAGGAAACAAGGUACCCAGAAUCUUGAAACCAGCAACACAAGACUGUUCUCCUAUAACGCCAUUAGUUUAGCAACUAAGCAUUUCCAUCCAUCAAACAGAAUAGGAGUAGGUGGUUUUGGAGUUGUCUACAGGGGGGCUUUAAAGGACGGAACUUGUGUUGCUAUCAAAUGUCUUUCCGCUGAAUCUAAGCAAGGGACUAAUGAAUUCUUGACAGAAAUUAAUACGAUUUCAAACACCUUGCACCCCAAUCUUGUUAAGCUGAUCGGUUGUUGUGUUGAAGGGAGAAAUAGAAUUUUGGUAUAUGAAUACUUGGAGAACAACAGCCUUGCCAAUGCUUUACUCGGUACCAGCAGCAAACACAUUUACAUGGAUUGGCCUAAAAGGGCUGCUAUAUGUCUGGGAAUAGCUUCUGGCCUGGCAUUUCUUCAUGAAGAAGCUGAGCACCAUAUUGUGCACAGAGAUAUAAAGGCUAGUAAUGUUCUUUUGGACCGAAAUCUUAAUCCCAAAAUUGGUGAUUUCGGUCUGGCAAAGCUGUUCCCUGAUAAUGUAACACACGUUAGUACCCGAGUGGCAGGAACAAUAGGAUACCUUGCUCCUGAAUAUGCAUUACUAGGACAACUUACAAAGAAGGCUGAUGUAUAUAGUUUCGGGGUGCUUGUGCUGGAAAUAAUAAGCGGAAGAAGUAGUAGUUAUGAUGCCUUUGGUGAAGAUCUAUUGAUUCUGCUGGAAUGGACCUGGAAGCUGAGAGAAGAAGGUAGGCUUGAGAAAAUCAUAGACCCGGAGUUGAGAGAAUACCCAGAGGCGGAAGUAACACGGUUUAUCAAAGUUGCCCUCUUUUGUACCCAAGCAGCUUCUCAGAAAAGACCAGACAUGAAACAAGUGAUUCAAAUGCUGUCUAAAGAAGUUAAACUAAACGAGAAUGUUUUGACAGGGCCAGGAGUGUAUAGACCAGCGCAUAGCUCUAAAAAAUUGGUUUCUGACAACACGCACACUUCUUCAUCAUCUUCUCAUACACAGUUUGAUAGCUUAUAA